CUUUGUUCAACGGAUUAUCUCCUUUCUCUUUUCAACAAGCCUCACCUUCAUCAUGAAGUUCACCAUUGCCAUCCUCUUCGCCCUCAUGGCCAUUGCUUCGGCCAAGAUCUGCGUCACCGUCUACACUGACACCGAGUGCUCGGAGGGUGCCCAGAAGCAGUGCAUUGACAGCAACAAGUGCGAGUCCAGCGGUGGCUACUCUGCCAAGUACACUUGCUCUGGCGAUGAGUACACCCAGCUCACCUACUCCAACACUGACUGCUCUGGCGAGCCCUCUGGCAACACCACUUCCACCGCCAACGAUGAGGCUGAACUACAUUCUGUGGAGCACAGGAGCACAGGACGCGGCAUGAAUCAUGGGAACCAGAUUAGCCAAGGGCAGGCCCGUUUGAUGAGGGGCUCAACCAUUGGGCUGCUCGACGACGUGAUGGCGGCUCGCGGUGUUGAGCGGAGGUUAUGCCUCGAUGCUGUUAUGUCUCUGCAAUAUCAUCACGUUUUCCUCGCUUCUCUACCGCCAACGCCCCCCUAUUCCCUCAUGCCACUCUCUGCAUGUGUGUCGCUUAAACUCUCUCUUCUGACGGCAUUUCUCUCUCUCCGUCUCCUCUCUCUCUCUCUCUCUUUCCGUGUCUCGACCGCCAUUAUGAUGAGCAAGGUACUGAUGGGCCUGGUGCUGCUGGGCUUUGUGGCCAUGGCUUCGGGUAAGGCUUGCGCCACCUUCUACACCGACUCGGACUGCACGUCCAAGACCGGCAGCACCGAGUGCUACGCGACCAACAAGUGCCUCUCCGAGUCGUCGGGCCCCUACACGGUCAACGUGAUGGUCACUUGCACCAACUCCACCGGCAAGAUGGAAAUCUACACCACGGGCUCGUGCAGCGGCACCCCCGCCUCCACCACGACCUACGUUGUCAACCAGUGCGUCUCGGCUGAUGACGAUGACUUUGACGGUGAUGAUGACCUUUCUGGCGCCUACGCCAUGUACACCUGCGCCUCCGUCGCCACCACCGCCGCCGCCGGUGUGGCCGUCAUGGGUGUCCUUGCCGCCCUCCUCUUUUAAGCGCAACGCUCUCGCGUCCAAGAGGGGUCAUGGCACCCAAAGCUUUGGGUCCCAUGGCCAUGCUCACGCUGCAGGUUUCCCUGCUUUCUCCCUGAGUUUGUGCGCCCUCAUAACCUCUCUUCCAUGUAAUAAGAGUUGAUCCCUUGCUGAUUGGAUGAAUUGAUCCGUGCGGGCCG